AGAACUGAGCCCAACUGAAUGUUGGGAGUGAAGUUUUCAGGCUGCUGGAAUGCUCAGUGGAAGAAUCUGUUUCCACACUUUAAUGAUGCUUUUCAAAGUGAGGACUGACUGAGGAAGUGAACGACAUGGUGUUAAAAUACAAAAUCCCCAAGUGAUUUUUUUGCAGAAGGACACGAGCAGAGCUCAUCUUGUACUGAGCUCUGGAGCUACAUCUUCUCCACCUCAGUGACAUUCGUCCUUCUGCCUGUUAAAUGAGCAAAGAUGGAGAUGCUGAUCCAGGCUUCCUGUAGGACCAGUCUGCAACUGUGUUUGCUCCUGCUGAUGGUUGGAAGACCACGUGGGAGAGUAACAGCACCAGAGCGUCUAGAAGCUCCGGUGGAGCAGCCGUUUACGUUGACUUGCAGCGUUUCAAGGCAGCGAGGUGAAUCCUUGAGGCAGGUGCACUGGCUGGAUGUCAAGAACAAGACGCUGCUGAGCUACCAGCCGGGUCACAGAGACAGUGUGAGCGGGCAGCAGCAUGUGGAGCUCACGUCUUCCCCUAAGGACACCUCAGCUAUCACCAUCCGCAGGGUGAGCUUCCGUGAUGAAGGCUGCUACACCUGCAUCUUUGACAUGCACCCUUCUGGAUCGCAGCAGGGACAGACGUGCCUCACUGUUACCUCCCAAGUUACUUCUGACAGCAACAAGAUAGCAGUGAAGGGCAAGAAGGCUUUGCUCUCGUGUUCCUUCGGUUUGCCUGAAAAGGUGCAGCAGGUCGUAUGGAGGCACACUGCUGCACAAGGGGACACCAGUGAGGUGGCCUCCUACGCAAAGAGGAGCGACCCCAUGAUUGAACCGGCGUUCCAGGGAAGGGUCUGGCUCAGUGCCUCCCUGUCCCACAGCGAGCUCACCAUCCAGCCUGUUGCUAUCCAGGAUGAAGGCUGCUACACAUGUGUGUACCAAAUGCAUCGCAAUGGGAAAAAGAGCUCCACUGUUUGCCUGUCCACCUAUGUGCUCCCCAAACCUCAGGUGAGCUACAAGACCACGUCGGCGGGCGUGAUCGAAGCCAACUGCACCUCUGUAUCACGCCCCCCUGUGGAGAUCGUGUGGAACGUGGAGAGAGAUAACCGCACGAUGGGGCCGCCACUGACAACGCAGCUCCCGCAGGAAGAUGGGACCACACUCGUCAUCAGUACGCUGACCGUCCAAUCAGGGCUCCUGAAAGAUGUUUCCAUUAAGUGCUUGGUGCACCACAAAGGACUCGAGACACCGAUUGCUGUAUCCAUGAACACUAAAAUCGGGACGGCUCUGGCCAUCCUCAUCUCGGUCACCACAGUUGCAGCUCUGCUGGUUUUAUCACUCUGCUUCUGCCUCUGGAAAUGUUUUUUACGCAAAGGUGCUGAUUAAUCUGUCCACUUCGUGACAGUGUGAAAAGAAGACGCAGCACAUUCUCGUCAUCAGGGGAGGUGACACAGUGUCAUACACCAGUGGGAUUUCUUAUACAAUCCUAAUUAUGACCACAUCUGAACAUUGACUUUUAACUGUGCCGCUGUGACUCUGAUGUAAUCAUCAGACUGUGUUGACAAGCUGUGGAAUUGUUGAGCAGAUGCUCUGGAUUCACUUGAAGGUGACUUUACCAUAAACAGGAGAGUAACAAAUGUAUUAAAAUGUUUGUGCUGAUUU